GCUCCCUAGGAUUGGAGGAGCGCGUCUUAACUUUCCUUCCACAGUCGUGCGUUUUUGUGCGGUGCAAGGAAAAUUUCUCCAUCGAGAACUUCGCAACAUUCCAGCAACUAAUACAGAUAGCGAAAGUAUUGAGCCGUACGCUUUAUUAAGUGAACAGUGUUAACUGGACCAUUUUUUUUGUCUUCUUCAGUCGGGGGGGGAAAAAAUAUAUAUUUUUGUACGUUUUAGUACACUUGGAAAAAAAAGCAAAUUAGACGGGAAAUAUAAACGUUUUAAUCGUCGAACGUUGUUUUGUUUUUUUUUAUAAAUAUAUAAUUUUUAUUUUAUUUGUGUACUUAUUUUUUAAACUCGAUUUAUUUUGUCAAAAGUUAGUGUUUUUUUUAAAAAAAAAAAAAUCUCAGAAAAACAAUGGCAGGUUUGAACUCAUUAGAUGCUGUAAAAAGAAAAAUCCAGAGUCUGCAACAACAAGCGGACGAUGCCGAAGACCGAGCUCAGGAACUCCAGAGAGAAGUCGACAGCGAACGGGAACUCAGGGAAAAAGCUGAGGGAGAUGUAGCCGGACUGAAUCGCCGUAUCCAGCUGGUGGAGGAGGAGCUGGACCGAGCCCAAGAGCGCCUGACCACUGCCCUGCAGAAACUGGAGGAGGCGGAGAAGUCAGCGGACGAGAGCGAGCGAGGGAUGAAGGUGAUUGAGAACCGAGCGAUGAAGGACGAGGAGAAGAUGGAGAUGCAAGAGAUGCAGCUGAAGGAAGCCAAGCACAUCGCCGAGGAGGCUGACCGCAAAUACGAGGAGGUUGCUCGUAAACUGGUUAUUCUGGAGGGUGAGCUGGAGCGAACCGAGGAGAGAGCAGAGAUCUCCGAACUGAAGUGCAGUGAAUUGGAAGAAGAAUUGAAAAACGUCACCAACAACCUGAAGUCUCUGGAAGCCCAGUCUGAGAAGUACUCUGAAAAGGAGGACAAAUAUGAAGAGGAAAUCAAGGUUCUCAGUGACAAGCUGAAAGAGGCUGAAACCCGGGCUGAGUUUGCUGAAAGGACCGUCACCAAACUGGAAAAGAGCAUUGAUGAUCUGGAAGACGAACUGUACACUCAGAAACUGAAAUACAAGGCGAUCAGCGAGGAGCUGGACCACGCCCUCAACGACAUGACCUCCUUGUAAACGACCUUUCAGCCCCAGCGGCAGCGCCUGCCUUUCUAAUCUCCUGUUUGUCUAAAACGUUCGCCCUUCGAUCUCUCUGUAAAUGUCUAAUAAAGUUCUUUCUGUUCUAGAAACGCUUUCUCUUUCUUUCUCUCUUCUUGCUUUGUGUUCGUGGUUCAGUGGUGACACAGACGACACGGACAGUGACUCCUUGUCAAAGCAUUAUUCUAGUUUGAGAACUAAGCUGCUGAUUCACUACUGCAGAGAUUCUCAGUCUUUUGAAGUUUGGAGGGGUCGGUCCCUUUACAAAAUGUAUUUUUUAAGAUAGGGAUUUCCUGCAGAGAAUUGAGGGAAAGACAGAUCGCAAGCAAAAAAGAGAGAGUACUGCAGUACAAGUAAAUGAUUAAUGUAUAUGAUGUGACUAGUGAACUCCUGCUCUUCUAGAUAUCUCUGCGUAACAGGCGGUGUUGUGUGAUACACUGCCAUUACAGAUUCAGACCAUGUUUCAAAUGAACAAUGUUUACCAUGUAUUAGUUCCAAAUACCCACAUUACAUUCUGCAUUGAACG